AUGCCAGCCCCGACGGCAGUGAACGCUACCGGGCUCCGCGGGCAUAGCCUGCUCUACUCAGUCUCUGUCUUCCUGAGUAUAGGAGUCUGGCUCUUCGGUGUGAUGUCUGUCAACCAGCCCACGGCUGGCGAGAUCGGUAACAUGGUCGCUAUCCUGGAGAUUGGCGCUUUCAUCACCUCGCUUUGUGCCGCCUACCUCGCCGACAAGUACGGCCGCCGCAUGACGAUGCGCAUUGGUGCAACACUGUUCUCUAUCGGAGGAGUGUUCCAGACCUACUGCGCCGGGUAUACGAGCAUGGUGAUCGGGCGCUUCAUCAGUGGCUGCGGAGUAGGCAUGCUCAGUAUGAUUGUGCCUAUCUACCAGGCCGAAAUCUCACCUGCCGAUCAUCGUGGAUUCCUGGGUGCUCUCGAGUUCACCGGCAACAUCGUGGGAUACUCUUCGUCUGUCUGGAUCGAUUACGCUUGCUCGUACAUCCAGUCCGACUGGAGCUGGCGCCUGCCGCUCUCGAUCCAGGUUCUCGGAGGAGUCAUCCUCGGCCUCGGAAGCUUCGUGUGCCCAGAGUCGCCCCGUUAUCUCAUCGACACCGACCAGGACGCCAUGGGACUGCAAGUCAUUUCCGAUUUCCAGGGCCGCGACAUCGAUGACCCGAAGGUGCAAGCGGAGUACAACGAGAUCAGGGAAGGCGUCAUUGCCGACCGUGCUGUGGGAGAUCGCUCGUACAAGGCUCUUUGGACGCGCUACCGUUCGCGUGUGCUCAUCGCCAUGAGCAGCCAGCUCUUCGCUCAGCUAAAUGGUAUCAACGUUAUCUCAUACUAUGCUCCUCUUGUGUUCGAACAGGCCGGCUGGAUUGGUCGCGACGCCAUCCUCAUGACAGGUAUCAACUCGCUCUUCUAUGUGGCGUCCUCGAUUCCGCCCUGGUGGCUCACUGACGCGGCGGGUCGCAGACCGAUCUUGCUGUUUGGUGCGCUCGCGAUGGCCAUCGCUCUAACGGCCACCGGAUACUGGAUCUACAUUGACCAGGCCAUCACUCCUAACGCGGUCGUGGUGUGCGUUGUCGUGUACAACUUCGCGUUCGGCAUGUCCUGGGGCCCCAUCCCGUGGCUCUACCCCCCUGAGAUCAUGCCGUUGCCCUUCCGCGCGAAGGGCGUCUCGCUGUCGACGGCGACCAACUGGCUCUCAAACUACUGGGUCGGUGUCACGACCCCGGUGUUCCAGGAGCUGAUCGGAUGGCGCCUCUACAUCAUGCACGCGUUCUUCUGUGUCGUGUCGUUCAUCCUCGUGUACUUCCUCUACCCGGAGACACGUGGUGUUCCUCUGGAGGAGAUGGACAAGCUGUUCGGCGACGAGGUUGUCGAAGUGACGGAGACAGAGACGGAGGACGAGGGCUUCUCAGAGUCGGAGACGUCGACACUCGUCGGCCACCGCCGGCCCGGCUCUAUCCUUCCGAUCAGCAGAACAAGCACGCGGUCCGCCUCGCCGUCUCCUGCACGCAUGGGCAACUCGCUCUUCGGUCGCGUGCAGGACAUGAUCAGCGGCGGAAGGAAAACUCGCCGCUCCUCUCUCGGACACUACCGUGCGAUCGACGAUGGCGACGCGGAACAAUAG